CCGGUGAGGCGUCUCGGAACAUUCAGGAUGUGAAUGUUCCGAGGCCUCUCCUCACCUCACCCUCGUUCGCGAGCGCGCGUUUUUUUUCUUCAUAUUCAUUCGCAGCAAGUUGUUUUACACCUAUUAGAAUAUUUCAUUUUUUUUAUUUCCCACCCGGUCAAACCCUUUAGUUUGACCGGAAUCUGGGCUGUGAUUCUUGAAUCACUGAAACGAAGUAAAGAGUAAUUAUCAAAAUUUAAAAAUCAGUAAAAAAACUCCAUGACCGAUGAAAGGACAGUACAAAUUAUUCUAUUUCAUACUUUUGUACAAUGAUUCUGUUUUUAUAUGACAGGGCAAAUAAAAUUCUGCAUUGUUUAUAAUUUGUCUUAAGUGACGAGUAGUUUUGUCUGUACUUCCGGUCAGCCAUAACACGCUGUAUUCUGAUUUCUCCUUGUUAAAUCUUAUGUUGGACACAGAUACUGAGUAGUUGGUAAACAUAAUGACUAUAAUGUGAAUACAGAAGGAAUACGUUACUAUACAUCUGUGCAAUAUAUUUAAUGUAAAGAGAAAUACAUUAUGUUGAGAUCAGAAUUGUUGAAAAGUUGAAUUCUAUCAAGAUGUCAUCAUUCAGACAGUGUUAACUGUAAUAACCAGUGUGUUGUGUUUAUCCAAAUUGUUUGACUGUAACAGUGUGAUGUAAGAUAUGUAUAUUUACUGUAGACAAAAUAAGGUUGACAUUAGAAGUUCAGAAAUAUAAUUGAUUUCUUUGAAGAAAAUAUAUUCCAUUUUGGAAUUUGUUGAAAGAAAUGCUUGUGUUAUUGUAUUUGUCUUAGAGAAAUCAAUGUCUGUUAAAGUGUUAUUAAUUGCAUUAUGUUUGCAAUGGAGAAAAAACUUUACAAAUGUGAUAUUUGUGAGAAAGAAUUUUCUCAUAAUUAUAGAUUAUCAAAUCACAAGCGCAUUCAUACAGGAGAACACUUAUAUUGUGAAAUCUGUGGCAAAGGAUUUUCUUUCAAAAGUGCCUUAACAGAUCAUGUUCGUACUCACACUGGAGACAAACCAUAUGUUUGUAAGAUCUGUGGGAGAGCAUUUUCUCGUCGCAAUAAUUUAGCAACACACAGCAAUAUUCACUCUGAAAAUAAGGUAUACCAAUGUGAUAUUUGUGGGAAAAAACUUUCUUGUAGACGUUCUUUAACAGAGCAUAUGCGUACUCAUACAGGGGAAAAACCAUAUCAGUGUGAUAAAUGUGAUAAAUCCUUUUCACGUAGUGGAGAAUUAUCACUUCACAAGCAUAUUCACACAGACGGAACACCAUACCGCUGUAAAUUUUGUGGAUUAGCAUUUACUCAUAAGACUUUGUUAUCACAUCAUAAAGUCAUUCACACUGGAAAAGAUAUAUACUCCUGUGAAAUUUGUGGCAAAACAUUCUCUAGCUGGAUUCCUUUUAAACGUCAUAGACUUAUUCACAAUGCUAAAAAAUACAAAUGUGAAAUCUGUGGUAAAGCAUUUUCUUGUAAUAAUACAUUAUCUUAUCACAAACGCAUUCACUCAGGAGACAAGGCAUUUCAAUGUGAAAUUUGUGGGAAAACAUUUUCUUUUAAUUAUCGGUUGUUACUUCAUAAAACUGUCCACACAGGAUAUCCGUUCCGCUGUGAGAUCUGUGGGAAAUCUUUUUUUUCUAACAAUUACUUAAAAGACCAUAAACGUAUUCAUACCGGAGAAAAACCACACCAAUGCGAAAUAUGUGGCAAAUCUUUUUCUUGUAAGAGUAACUUAUCAUUUCAUAAACGUAACCAUAACUUAAAUAAAUCUUUGCAGUGUAAAAUUUGUGGGGAAACAUUUUCUUAUUCUUACCAAUUCUCAAAUCAUGAAUGUAGUCACACAGAUGAAAAAUAUUCCUGUGAAAUAUGUGGUAAAGAAUUUUCUAGUAACCAUAAAUUGUUAAAUCAUAAGCGUACUCAUGUAAGUGAAAAACCAUAUGAGUGUGACAUCUGUGGGAAAUUAUUUUCAUUCAAUUAUAAAUUAACUGUUCACAAAUAUACCCACACCGGAGAAAAGCCAUACCAGUGUGAGAUUUGUGGAAAAUCAUUUGCAUACAAUUAUAAACUAACAAAUCAUGUACGUAGUCACACUGGAGAAAAACCAUUCAAUUGUGAUAUAUGUGAGAAAUCUUAUUCUACAUGCAGCCUUUUAACAGAUCAUAAACGUAGUCACACAGGAGAGAAACCUUACAUCUGUGACAUUUGCGAUGAAACAUUUCCUAGUAGUAAGAAAUUAUUGCAUCACAAGCAUCUUCAUACAGGAGAGAAACCAUAUCAUUGCGACAUAUGUGGGAAUGGAUUUUCUCAUCCUUCUGGUGUAUCUGUUCAUAAACGUAUUAUCCACGAUGGAGUAAAACCAUACCCCUGUGACUCGUGUGGGGAAGCAUUCUCUACUCGUAGAAAAUUAUCACACCAUAAACGUAUUCAUACUACAAAUUCAUCAUCAUUGUCAUUGUCAUCAUCAUCAUCAUCAUCAUGUGAAUAUAAAAAUUGUCUUCAGACUGUAGAGAAUGUAGAACAUUGAAGUUGUGGUUAUUUUUCAAAACCAUAUAAAUCUUUUAAAAUGUAUGGAGGUGAAUGUUAUUAUUAAGUUGUUUGUGUAAACCUUCUCCAUUGGUAUGGUACUUAAUACCACAUCUUGCCUUCCAUCUGCUCUAUUUAACAUCAUAUUUAUUUUUUAUUAACCUAUAACAUCAUGUGGCCCAGUGGUUAGGGCAGUAGACUCGCGGUCAUAGGAUCGCGGUUUCGAUUCCCAGACCGGGCAUUGUGAGUGUUUAUUGAGCGAAAACACCUAAAGCUCCACGAGGCUCCGGCAGGGGGUGGUGGCGAACCCUGCUAUACUCUUUCGCCACAACUUUCUCUCACUCUUUCUUCCUGUUUCUGUUCUGCCUGUAAUUCAAAGGGUCAGCCUUGUCACACUGUAUCACGCUGAAUAUCCCCGAGAACUACGUUAAGGGUACACGUGUCUGUGGAGUACUCAGCCACUUGCAUGUUAAUUUCACGAGCAGGCUGUUCUGUUGAUCGGAUCAACUGGAACCCUUGGCGUCGUAAGCAACGGAGUGCCAACAACAACAUAACAUCAUGCUGUCGCCUGUAGCUUCCAUAAUGAGACAGUAAUGAGGCUAAAAUAUCACACUACUUCCUUUUCUUAUUCCUCUCAGUGUUUCUCAUUCUAUUUUGUUUAAGAGAGAGACCCUCAGACUGGUGAGGUUGACAUGCUUAACUUCAAUUUCUGCAAGUCACUGUCAGGAAAACACACAGUGGGAACAUGUAUCAAGUGUUUUACAACUCUGAAGUGAAAGGUUUGAGAGGUAAGUAAAGCAGAGUAAGGAUAAUCAGAGAUGUAGGGAUAAGUAGGAGUGAUUUCUGUUUUCCUUUUAAAAGAUCAGCAUCUGUUUUGGUAAGAAAAGAAAGACAAAGAAAACAUGCAGUUCAGUGGUGAGUUAGUAUAUGAUAGUUUAUCUAUCAUUCUGAUGAUCCCGUUAGACAUGAUCCACAAUGUUUUAUAUGAAGCAGCCGUGCAACAAAUAAUUGAUGAAUAUAUUUCCUAAUAAACAGGUUAUUUCUAGCCUUAUAUUUUCUAUUA